AUAACUUCUUGGAAGUAGUAACAACAAGUUGCAUAGGUGACUUUACAUUUCGAGGUUAUCUCUCGUCCCCCACUAUCCAAUGCCCCUACCCCUUGACAUUCCCACCCCUCGCCACGACGAAACUCAAUCCCCACCCCAUCCAACAAGACCAACCCCUAUACAUGUAAAUAUUCUAGAAAUAAUAUUUUCGUACUUAUCGAAUCUAGAAAAUAAGUAAGAAAUUGAACUAAUAAUGAUUUUACAAGAAAAUAAUUGUAUUGUAAUUGAUCAAAAUAGUCAAAUUGUCUUGGAGAUGGUACUUUGUUCAUGUGCUUCACUUCACUAUUCAUUCUUUCAUAUACUUUGACAAAUAAAGCCGAGUGAUAACAGGAAAAAAGAAAGCAAAGAUGCACAAAACUCAUAGCAAAGAAAUGGCAUAUGCAGCUCUUUCUUCACUUAUGCAUACACUGCAGAAACUCCUACAGCCUAAAUCACCUUUGAUUUGUGGAACCUCUAUGCAGCAACAACAUGCCGAAUCUGUUCAUCAAAGUGUAUGUGCCCUUCAAGUUUUUCUUGAGGAUGCAACAAACGAAGUCAGUGAUAUUGAAAAUCUCAAGGUUUUGGAAAAGAAAAUCAGAGAUGUAGUCUACAAAGCAGAAGAUAAAGUUGAUUCAAGCUUAAGCAACAUUAUUUUAGCAGAUAACGACGACGACCGUGAUAGAGCUUGCAGAUUGUUGAAUCAAGAAUUGCAAGUAGUUGAAAUGGCAUUUGAUUCUCUCAAGAAAGAAGUGAUGGUGGUCGAGUUUAACAAGCACGGUGGCAAAUCGGAAGAAUUAACAACAACUUCCUACUCAUUAGUAAAAAAUAAUACUGAGGAAACGACUUUUGUUGGGAUGAAGGAUGACUUGGACGCGAUAGUAAAUUGCCUCAAUGCCCAGAUGAAAGAGCUUAUAGUCAUAUCAGUUGUUGGUAUGGGCGGUAUUGGUAAGACGACUCUUGCCAGAAAAGUAUUUGAUGACUCAACCAUUCGUUGUCGAUUUGAUAAACAUGCAUGGGUCACCAUCUCUGAACAAUAUAAUAAGAGAAAAAUGCUUCUUGAAGUUGCCUCUUCAGUUGGUGGAAUCAUCAAUCAAGAAACAAGCAAUGAUCGACUAAUGGAGAUCGUGUAUAGAGGUCUGAAGGGUCGAAAAUUUCUAAUUGUCAUAGAUGAUAUUUGGAGUACUGAGGCUUGGGACCAAGUGCGAAGAAUAUUUCCAAAUGAUUACAAUAAAAGCCGAAUUAUAUUAACCACUCGUCUAAAAAAUGUUGCUGAUUAUGCUAGCUCUCCUGAUUUUCCUCCUCAUGAUGUGUCUUUUCUAAGUUUAGAUGAUAGUUGGAAACUAUUUACCGGAAGACUAUUCAGAAUGGAUCCCUGCCCUCUGCAACUAGUAAAAAUAGGGAAGCAUAUCAUACAACAAUGUCAAGGAUUACCUCUCUCGAUUGUUGUCAUUGCUGGACUUCUCGGCAAGAUAGGCCUGACACGUGAUAAUUGGAAGAAAAUUGAGGAAAAUUUGAACUCAUUUUUUGGAGGUUUUCCUGAAGAUCUGGAGAUUCGUGUCUCGAAGCUGAUUAGAUCAUGGAUUGCUGAACAAUUCAUAAAGGAAAGAAGCAAUAAAAGGUUAGAAGUGGUGGCAGAGGAGUAUGUACAAGAGUUAAUGGAUAGGAAUCUAAUUUUGGCUGGUCGGCGAAAGCCUAAUGGAAGGAUCAAAACUUGCAAAAUUCACGAUCUACUACGACAGUUGUGCAUAAGAGAAGCUCAAAUUGAAAAUGUUGUCCAUUUCCCUUACAGUGAUGUUCCUACUUACUCAGAUGACAUAAAUGAUCGCAGGCGAGUGAUCAUUCCGCGUUUGAUUGAGGAUUAUUUUUGCGAUCAUCCAAGGCACAGGAAUGGUAACAUUACAACCCGCAGCUUGAUCUUUAUAGGAGGUAAGUCUUAUUUAGUUUCUGAAAUAAAUCAGUGGCCCGAUAUUAUUUCACAUUUCAAGCUGCUUAAGGUGUUGGAUGCACGUGAAAUUGGCUACGAUUUCUCUCCUAUAAUACCUCAACUUGUACAUUUGAGGUAUGUUAAUGCAAGAAUCGGUGAUCCAUCUUCACUAGCAAAAUUACGCAAUCUACAAACCAUAAUCAUUUAUUCAAAGAAAAAUGUGCAGCUCCCAGCGGAAAUCUGGACAAUGUCGGAGAUAAAACAUGUGGAAAUUCUAGAUGUGGAUAUGCCUGAUCCUGUUGACGCGGAAAGGUAUCUUAGUAUCGGAGAGCAACAACCUUUGUUUCUCCAUAACUUGCAAACACUUGUUCUCGAUUCCUCUCCUUUUUUGGCGGAAAUCCUGAAGAGAACAGCCAAUCUAGAUAAGCUAAAGAUUAGAUGUGUUAAUCAACAUAACGAGUGGUAUGCUUUUCUUGAUUGUCUCAUUCUUCUGCAACGUCUUGAAACGCUACAUAUAAAAGCAAUAGAAGACAAUGGUCAUCUCGUUCUCUCUAGAGAUAUUUGCCUACCUAAUCUGAAGGAACUGAGAUUAGCUUGGACUUAUUUGGCAUGGGAAGAUAUGACUGUGCUGGCUAAUUUACCCAAUCUUGAGGUGCUCAAAACGGAACGUGCAUUCAAUGGAACAAAAUGGAUACUAGAUGACGAUGUUGUGUUUCAAAAAUUAAAAUAUCUACGAUUUGAGUUCGAAAAUCUGGAAAUUUGGGAAGCAUCUAGUGAUAAUUUUCCGAUGCUUGAGCAACUAGUCCUUUGGAAUAUCGAAGAAUUGGAGGAGAUUCCACAAAGUUUUGGAGAAAUAAUGACACUAAAAUUAGUCGAAGUAGAAUAUUGCAACCCUGCAGUCGACAAUAGCGCAAAGAACAUUCAAGAAGAACAAGAAAACUGGGGAAAUUAUGAGCUUCAAAUUCGAAUUACUCCUUCUGUAAAAUGGUUGGCUUCUCACAAGGCAGAUGAUGAUCGGGAACAAGAUGAUGAUGAGGAUGAUGACUCAGACAAGGCAGAUGAUGAUCGGGAAGAAGAUGAUGAUGAGGAUGAUGACUCAGAUGAGGAUCAUGAGGCAAAUACGCCAUAA